AUGGGGCCAAAAAGCGACCUUCAUGCCAUGAAGUGGUCGUUUGCGAGCGGCUCUUACGAAGAGGGGGCUGCGCGCUCCGGCUGCUCCAGCGAACCUCGACGGCUGAGCCCAGUCCCGCCUAAACCCGUGCCCGAGCACAGCCCCGAGGGAUCCGGGCGGGCGGGAGGUCGGUGGGACGAGCCCCGGGAAGGGGGAGACUCCCCUCAGCGACCCCCUUGGGGCCGCCCCCGGGGCGGGGCCGCCGCCUUGAAAGCCGGGCCCGGCGGCGGGGCCGGGGCAGAGGCUGUGCCGCCGAGUGAGGGGAGGCUGGGGCCCGGGGCCGAGAGCAGCAGCACCAUGGAGAGCGGCGCCGACGGGCGCCUGGACGCCGCCGCCUUCCUCGGGGCCUGGCGGCGCUUCGACACCGACGCCUUGGGCUACCUGCGUGCUGCCACCCAUGACUCUGUUCCUGGAACUCGGGCAGUACCCCUGACCAUUAAUUUAUUUGCUUUUUAUUUAGACAAUGGUUACAUAGAAGGGAAGGAGCUUGACGAUUUUUUUCAUCAUCUUCUGGAGAAACUGGGACCAGAAAGUACCAUCACAGAAGAAGAAGUUCAGAGGAUGAAGGAGCAAUUCAUGUCUGUCUACGAUGUCACCACAGAUGGACGUUUGCAAAUCCAGGAGCUUGCGAAUAUGAUCUUGCCGGAUGAUGAGAACUUCCUACUGCUUUUCCGACGGGAAACUCCCUUGGACAACAGUGUGGAAUUCAUGCGGAUCUGGCGCAGUUACGAUGCUGACAGCAGUGGAUUUAUUUCAGCUGGUGAACUCAAAGAUUUCCUGCGAGAUCUCUUUUUGCAGCAUAACAAGAUGGUAACUGAAGUAAAGCUGGAAGAAUAUACUGAUACUAUGAUGAAAAUCUUUGACAAAAACAAAGAUGGACGACUGGACCUGAAUGACCUUGCAAGGAUUCUGGCACUCCAGGAAAAUUUCCUUCUACAAUUUAAGAUGGAUGCUUGCAGCCAAGAAGAAAGGAGGCGAGAUUUUGAGAAGAUCUUUGCACACUACGACGUUAGUAAAACAGGAGCACUUGAAGGCCCAGAAGUGGAUGGGUUUGUCAAGGACAUGAUGGAACUGGUCAAGCCCAGCAUUAGCGGGGUGGACCUGGACAAGUUCCGCCAGAUCCUGCUCAACCACUGUGAUGUGAACAAGGAUGGGAAAAUCCAGAAAUCUGAACUAGCUUUGUGUCUCGGGCUGAAAAUUAACCCAUAGCCGAGAAAGUGCUUGUGGUUGUGUUUCCCUUGAAAUAUUUGCCUGCUGCUCCUCGUAGAAGUGUGCUCUGUGCUGCUGUGGGAGUGGUGGGGAGCUGAGGCACCGUGCUGCCAGACUGGAGAGUGGGAUUUGCACGGGGGCCUCCUCACUCCACCACCUCCUUUGUGAUGUUCCCUUGCUGCUGCCUCUUGUGGGUCCCCUUAGCAAUUACUCUGCCUACCAGCAGAUGAGCUGCUCAGAAGAGAGGUUGCUGUUCUUCUGCUCUCAUGAAACACUGUCCUGCUCACUCUCCUAGGAUAGGAACAAGCAUCUCUUUAAAAACCUCCCCUCAGUGCUCUCAGAAUGCAGCUACUAAGUGUUUCUGAUGGUCACUUUGUAUGUGUGAAGCCAUUACUUUGGUGAACAUUGUGCUUUGUGCAUAUAAAAUACUGGAUGGAUGACAGUGUAUUUGUGCAGAAAUAAAAGG